AAACGUUGCCUUCUCUCCUCUCUCUCUCUCUCUCUGUCUCCCCUUCCCUCCACAGGCGCCGACUCCGGCGCUCCUCCGCCACCGUUUCCUCAUCGGCGCUGUGGAGGGGUUUUCUCUCACGCCGUGGCUCCGCUUUCUGUUAUUAUGCCCAUUCAAGCAUCGCUCCGGUGCUUGAAUUACAGGGCACCAAGAUCAACUCUGCGUUCUGAGAAUCUCAACCCGACGAGAAGAAAAAAGAUAACAAAAGGCUGCGUGCUCUUGAUGCUUCUUGUAUAUGGCAGAUUUACCGUAUCCUGAGGAUAGCUGCAUCAGAUUUUGGGAGGAUUCAUCCUUGGAUUUCAGUUACUGUUUAGAGGGAGAGUUCUCAGACAUAUCGGAACCUUCGACGCACUUAGCGCCGAGUCUUCCUCUUCCAAGUUCAUUUGAGGAAGUUGGUUCUCCUAUGCUUGAACUUGACGAACCAGUACUGCAUAAAUCUGACGAAGCAAUUCCAAUUGAAUGCUUCUACAAUGUUUAUGAUGGGAUUUUGGAUAACUCGGGAACUCCUGAUGUAGUGGUUAAUUCAGAAGCAAAUAAUGUUGAAGAUAAUGAUUCAUAUUUGGAUUGGGAUGAGAAUUCAUUAGCCAUUCUCCCGGAACCAACUUGGCCUCCCGUGGAUCAGUCAAGCUGUUCAUUUUGCCAGUUGAUGAGAGAGAUCAUUCACGCUGAUGGGUCUUGCAUCACGAAGCUUGAGGUCCAUGGAAGAGACGGAAAUGUUUGCCAUGCUGUUCUUCUUGUUCAGCACAGCAUUGAUGGACUGGAGCCAGCCAUACAGCGAGAAGUUAUACCGUUUGAUGUACAGGACAUUGAGAGCGUGAAAGAGUUCUUGCUAGCUUACUGCCGAUUAAGAAGGCAGGAGGGUUUCAUUGUCUUGCAUGACUCGCUUUCUGCCUUCUACGAAGCAAUAUGUGCAGGAAUGAAUGAACCUGAAGAGCCAUGUCCAGUUUCUGUUAGCCAGUAUCAGGGAACGGAUCUAGACUCAACUCCACGGGCAAAUGACUUCACAUUAACUACUAUGCUUGAAGACUCUUUACCACAACUAGUAGCAAGUACGAGUCCAGGAAGGCCUCCAAAGAGUGGCAUCGCAGCACAGAGAGAAAGGACUGGAAGACUGCAAAUUUCGGACUUGGUUAACUACUUCCAUCUCCCCAUAACAGUUGCUGCAAAGCACUUGGCUAUAUGUCCUACAGUCCUGAAGAAGGUAUGCCGCAGAAAUGGAAUGCGUCGAUGGCCUCACAGGAAGAUCAAAAGCAUAGAUCGAAAUCUUUUGAAUUUAGAAAGAAGCUUGGCAGAAGCAAGCAGGGAAGACAUGGAAUCGAUUACCGCAGAGAUAGAGAAACUGAGAAAGGAAAGAGCACGAAUUUGUGCCGGCAACGCAGCUCCCACAUAAUGCUGGAACUGAACGCUACACAGCUCAAGGAAAUAAAUCGGGGGCCAAAGCCCAAUUUGAUGCAAUUCAUAUUUUAUUUAUUAAUUAAUAAAAUGUUGAUUC